UACACUGUACCGGGUCACACUGUAAAUUACCUGUUGAGUAUCACACCGAACUGCAUUGGGCGCGUAAUUUAAAUAUUUAAUAAUAGAUUUUUAUUAGGAAAACUUUAAUUGUUUAUUUGGCUUUUACCUACCUUUAUAUCCUUUCCAUUGUAUAACCCGAUGAUAAGUAUAAAGCUGUACUAACCUAUAAAAGUUAAUUGCACUAACCUUGUACAAGUUAUUCAGUGUUCAUCAGUUAUUUUUCAGUGUUUAAAGUAAAUUAUCUGUUAUAUAUAUAAUUAUUAUGAAGCUCCAAGAUAGCUAUAAAUCAUUUGAAGAGUUCGAGAGCAGCUUUAGGGUCUACAAAGACGUGAAUUUUGUAGAUUUCUUUAUAAAAGACUGCCAGACAUUAACCUCCAUUAACGCGAAAUUUCCAAAUGGCAGAAUGAUGACAGCAUCCAGUGACUUAAAAUAUUAUUAUAUUAAAUUUUGUUGUGUGCAUGGAGGAUGCUACAAAAAAAAAAAAACCCUUGACCAACGUUCUACAUCUACAAUGCGCCAAGGCUGUGAUGCUGGCAUUUACCUGAAGGCAUCAGAUGAUGGAAAAUCUCUAGUCAUCACAAAGAUGACUGAGGACCACAACCAUGAGGUUUCCAAGAUACUGUAUGAUCAUCUCCCUAACCAAAGGAAAAUAACCCCCGAAAAUAAGGCCACCGUAUUGGAGCUUAUGGACCUCAAAGCAAAUAAAAAAAUGAUUCAACAUAAAAUAAUGAACGAAAGUGGGAAGAUUGUUACUUUAAAAGACUUAUCAAAUAUUCAUACUACAGGCAGAAAUAAUGAUUCAAAGAACAAUUUAGUGGAGGUUGUUAAUAAAUUAAAGACCAAAUUUAAUUGUAUUGUUGAAAUAUCAACAGAUGAGUCAAAUAACCUCAAUGGUGUUUUUAUACAGGACAGAUUCAUGACUGAAUCGUUUGAAGCAUUUCCUGAAGUAGUUUUUGCAGAUGCUACUUACAAACUGCUCGACUUAAGAUUGCCAGUAUAUGUGUUAAUGACGGAGGAUGGCAACGGACAGAGUGAAAUUGCAGCAAUUGGCUUAUUAGUGAACGAGGAAGAAGUUACCUUGCGCUGGUUUUUUGAAACUUUUAAAAAAAAAAACCCAAUUUCGGCACAAACUCGGGUGUAUGUAACGGACAAGGACAUGAAGGAAAGAAAUGUUAUCAAGCAAGUCUUUCCUAAUAGCGCACUCACAAUAUGUUUAUUUCAUACUUUGAGAACAUUUAACCGCGAAAUUACCUGUGAUAAGCGAAAUAUCACUCCCAAUGAAAGGGACACGGUAAAAGAAGUAAUUCAAAGUAUUGUUUAUUGUAAAUCAGAAAUGGAAUAUAAUAAUUUAUACCAACACUUGAAGACUAUAGCACCAGAAACAGUCAUGGAAUAUUACAAUAAAAACUGGCAUUUAAUAAGGGAUGAAUGGGUGAUAGGCAUGACCUACAUGACAGGAAAUUUUAUGAAUAAAACAAAUAAUAGAUUAGAGAGUUUCAACGGGAAACUAAAAUCUGUUAUUUCCUGUUUUUCUACUUUAGAAAAUUUUGUAGAAAAAUUAUUCAUUGUUCUCAAAUGCAUUAGAUUAGAACGCGAUAAAAAUGCUGUGAAGUUGGUUCAAAAACACCCAAUUCAAAUGUNAUUUUAA